AUGGCUGAAACUGUGGAACACGAGCCACUCCGUAUCAUCGAAGCCAUAACCCCGCCUCACCAAUCAACAAUAAUUUUCCUCCACGGCCGUGGAGAUAACGGCAAUAACGUCGCUCCAUUCCUUGUCUACACCCCAAUUAACUCGGACCACUCCGAAACUUCCCGCCGAAACAAGGAUAUAACCCUCCGGCACCUGCUCCCACACACAAAGUUCAUUUUCCCUACGUCAUUAAAACGUCGGUUUGAACGGCUCAGAAACGACAUUGUUUUCAAUCAGUGGUUUGAUAUCGAUAGUUUAGAUAUCACGGAUUACUAUGAUGACGGACAGGUUGAAGGGAUUAAAGAGAGUACGGACUAUAUCCACGAAUUGAUAAAAGCUGAAGUUGAAGCUGGGACUCCACCGGAGAAGAUCGUGAUUAUGGGACUUAGUCAAGGGUGUGCCACCGGUGCUGUCGCUGUCAUAAGAUACCCUGUAAGACUUGGUGGUUUUGUGGGAAUGAGUGGAUGGUUACCGUUUAUCACGGAGAUUGAGGAUAUCUUCAAGAAAGAAGGAGAAGAAGAAGAAGGAGAUGCUACGGCGGUUUUGGGAUACAUCGAGAAAAGACUUGGAAGUGAUAAAGAGGUAUCACCAGAGAAUGUGAGGGAGAUGCUUAAGACACCAGUAUUCAUUGGACACGGGGUGGGUGAUACUAAGAUCCGUCCGAAAUGUGGAGAGAGGUUGAAGGAUGUGAUGAAAGCCAUGAAGUUUGAGGAAGUCGUGUGGGCGACUUAUAGAGUCGGACACUGGUGGUGCGAUGAGGAACUUAUACAUAUCGCUGCUUGGCUUGGGGCGAAGGGGUUCUCUGUAAAUGGAUUGGAGCAGUUUAUGGAGGAUUCUAUUGGGAGUUUGAGCACCCAAGGUGUAUCUUACUCGACGAAUUAA